UCAAAUUUACCUUCCGCGGAGAGCACUAAAAAAAUUCACUAGCUAAAGCAAAGAGCGGCAUUGGUUCAUCUGUUGCUUCCACGCCUGUAAAACCCACACAAGCGGAUGAGGUUCUGGCUGUAGGCUAGAAGCGCGUCAGGCCAGAAACGACAUGACACACAAUAAGUGUUCUACAGAUAAAACGACCUGCAGAGAGCAAAUAGUAAAACUUACCUAAAAAUAUUAUCGGUGUUUGCCAUGGAAUUUUCAAACAGGCCAUGUCCAAAAAACGUUAAAAAAAUGAAGAAUGAACAUUGUUAGAGAAACAGUCGAUGUCAUGACUGCCGUAAGUCAUGUUUGAGCGUCACCUGAAAUCUUUUUGAUGUGAGUAACUAUCGGCCGUUGCAUGAACGCAAUGUUGUUAAUACUGUGUUUAUCAUGUCUUUUGUCCGGGUCACUGUCGGUUACACCAGCAGUGCCACUUGUGUCUUUAUCAUAUUCAUCCGGAGCUGCCCAAAAGCUCCUCAACGAACUUCGAGAGCAGGUUCUCCAUUACGGACCCUGUUGGCAGGAUGCCGUGGAAAAGCUUGAGACGUCAUGCGUUUCUCUUACAGAGGACAGUCAGCACCGGCUAGCUCUCGCAUUUACCUCAUGUUUCGUACAGAAAAUGGGUCAUCCCGGUUAUAGUUGCGCGGCUGAUGAACAUGUAGACAAGUGCACUGACUUUAAGGCUCUUUCUCGCAGCCCGCAUUUGGGGUCAUAUUCGACGUUUUUCACGCAUGCUCAAGUGAUUUGCUCGUUUUUGCAACAACAGCGCUGGCAAGGUACCACGCUUCGAGUUAUUAACGCGCUGUCCGAAUCCUCAGUUGAACUCUCUAAUCGCUUGACAUCACUGAACGAUGUAAUGGCGUUAACACGGGCCGAUCAGGAUCGUCUUCAGGAGUACACUCGGAAAGCGCUACAAGAAAAUCAAAAGCUGACGGACAAGAUAUCAUCGCAAGGUUCAUCGUUAUCGAUAAUGCUUGACCAAAUCCAUUACGUGAACACGAUAAUUGCAGGUCAUGCAUCUACUUUGUCAUCGUUUGCCUUUUUUGUAGGCGCCGUACUCAUCUCGUUUUUGCUUACCACUCCGCCACAAACCCGACAUGUUCGACUAUGGUUACUUCUCUUGUUCACUGCCAACCUUUUGAUUGAGCUGGCGAUAUUGCAGUGGGCUCUUGAAAUCGCUGGCCUAAGUCACGAGUAUUUUAGGGCUUCUAACCCAAUUAGCUUUAGGUUAUCCUUGUGCCGGCGCGUAUUCUGUUGUUUAAGCUUUGUCGUUUACAUGUACAAAGCUAUCACGUAUCGUUCACCUGAGGAACGAUCACAUGGCUUGCUAUUAGAGGUAUCUUCAACAGUGAAUAGCCUUGAUCUAAGAUUGCAGAAAAUCGAAACGGCACUCACGUCAGCAGCUGCUCGAGUAUAUAAAACUUAUGACAAUAUAGAUGGCUUUCGCACAUCGCCUAUGAGAUUUCGCGAAACUACGCCGCUUGGAGCACCGCCUCGAACUAAUAUACGAAAUCAUCUGUUUGAGCAAAAACAACAGAACUGGAUGACACUAAACAAACGUGAUAGUCGCCAGCCAGCCGCUACAGCUCAGCACGACGAUAAUAGUUGUAUCCCAGAGAAAGCGGAUCACAGCAAAAAAGUAUGCUUGGAAGAGGCUCGAGAAGCGUCAAUCCCAAAAAAGCAGUCAUUAAAAAAUUCCCAUGAGGUACACAGGCCGUUACGGAGGAGUUCGAGAAUAAAAUCUCCUCCUUAAUCUUCGACCACCCAAAUCCGCUUGAAAAAAUGGAAGCUAUCUUGCUUGUCGUGUUUCUCUUUGAGUACGCUCGAAAUGUACUUUAUUCUACAUGUACUUUAUUUAGAAAUGUCCAUUACAUGAACCCGGUGCGAAUUAACACAGUAUUUGAAAAUGAUUCUUUAGUGAAGCGAAAGUUUUCUACACUUGUCUGAUAAGGGUCUAUUUAACAGCACACAUGUCCUUAUUGAGUCAGAAUUCAAUUUCCUAACGGUAACGACUAAAAUGGACGAUUCACAAUAUAAUACUGUCAUUGUAUACCUUAACUCUACCAUGUACCUUUUGGUCAGAGAUUACCGGAAUGAAUGUCUUAGUGCAUAGCACGUAUACUAAUACACCUUUUGUUGAUUAAAGCUGGCUGUGUGAUGUAUAUCUUUGAAUUUCACUGAAUUAUCCCUCGUCAUCACAGCUAUUCGUUCAGACUGCUAAUAGCAUUUCUUGGAAGUUAGAACGUACUGUACAUUAAAAGUUCGACUUUGCACAAAAUGACAACGAGUAUAUAUAAUGACAAUAACUAUAGUUGCUCUUUUUUUCACAUUCUGACACAGGCUGUAUACACAACAAAGAUUGAGCAUUAAAAAAGGUCACAUGAUUCUGAGCUGUGAAUAAAGGCCAGUUUACUCAACCUAGA